AUGAUGCACCACAGCUUGUACCCCAAAAUUUAGCUGGUGCCUCAGCCAUGUUGCAUUGAGGUGGUAGACCUGAGAGGGAUAUUAGACUGCCUAAAAGAUUUGCUGAUCAUGCUGUGGUUACUAUCAGGUUUAUCAGGAUGUAGCAAUGUGUUGCCUGAGAGUGAUGGGAGUGAGGCUAUGAUUUUACCUAUUAGAGAAGUGGGACAGAUGGCUAAUGAUGGGAGACCACGGAGGAUUUGUCAACCGUGGAGCCCACAAGACAUAGCAUUUUUAUAGGUAUCAUUUCCUGCCCCCUCUAGAUCCAAAUGGGUUUGUAAAACAUUUAAAAAUAAUGUGUGCCAGCUAUUUCCCCACAACAUAAGAUCUUAAUGAGUUAAUGGAGACAGUAUUAACCCCUACAGAACAUACUAAAUGGGUGGCAGGAUAUAACGAAUCACCUUUUUCAUGGCCUGCAGGGGUGGGGGGACAAGCAGUUGCACACAUAUGGGAAAAUUGCCCUGAUGAGAGGAGUGAUGUUGUCCUUAAGAAUUGGUAUGCAUUCCUCAGCAUUAAAGUAAAAACAGUUUUUACCCAGCCUAUUGACUAUACAUAGCAUAGUGCAAAAGAAAGGAGAAAACCACUAUGAAUAUGGGGAAGCAAUUAAGGUUUUUGGAAGUUUUGAAGAUAUCACGGUUGAAUCAAUUAAGCCGUUCAUAGUGAAUACCUUAGUAAAUGGUUUGGAUGCUAAAGUAAAAAAAAAAAACAAUUGAUGUUAUCCUUACUGGGAUGACGGGAUAAAUCACUUAAUAUUGUAUUAAGUGCAGCAUCAGAAAUUUGACAAGCUAUUCAAAUCAAGGAAAAUGCAAAAGCUGAGCACAUAAUGCUACAAGCUGAACAAAUUCCUGUUAGAUAUUAUGCACAUCAGCCAAGACAAAACAUAGCCAGAAGACCCCCACAGAAUAAUGAAAGAACAUUUAUCAAAUGUUUCAAUUGUGAUGGAUAUGGUCAUAUAGCAACAGAUUGCAAGGAGGUAAAGGGGGCAAGAAAGCAAUUAGAAGAAAAAGACAGACUAGAUGUAGAGGAAGAUUGGGGUCUGAAUAUGUAUUGUUACCAGUGACCCAAGGUCCAGAACCUAUGGUACAUUUGAAAGUAAAUGAAUUGUAUGUGAUACUGAGGGAAGAAGAAGUAAGUGAUUUUGGUGGGGAGAGUGUAUAUUUAGUGGAAGACCAGCAUUGCCAUCAUUGUUUAAUUCUGAAUGGUCAAGGAUGGGCCUAGAAUCUGUAUUGGCACUGGUGUGUUCUUCAUGUGUUAUUUGUUUACAAUACAAUGCAGGUCAGAGACCUAAAUCAUCCUCCCUGUUCAUGAGGUCCAUUUGUAAAUUUACAAAUGGAUUUCAUUGAAUUACCAAAGGUAAUGCAGUACCGGUAUGUGCUAGUAAUAUUAGAUACAUUCUCAGGUUUGGUUGAGGCUUAUCCUUGUUGCCAUGCGGAUAUUGUCUACAGUGUCUAAGAAAUUGUUACAAGAAUUUAUACCCAGGUAUGGAUUGCCUCUGCACAUUUACUCAGAUCAGGGAACACAUUUCACAGGAAACGUAGUGCAACAGAUAGCAAAAAUUUAGCAAAUCCCUUACCAUUUACAUUGCUCUCAUCAUCCUCAGUCAGAAGGAGCAGUAGAAAGGGCCAAUGGAACAUUGAAAAAUAAAAUUGCAAAAAUUGCAGCAGAGAAAGUUAAAGUGGCUUAAUGCACUUCCUCUUGCCUUAAUGUCUAUGAGAUUCUCUCUAGUUUGAAAGCAGGGUUAUCCCCUCAUGAAAUUCUAAUUGGAAGACCAAUGUUCACAGGACGGGUACCUAUAAAAUGUUAUUCUCAUGAGAUAAAUGAUGAUUUAGUAAUGUCAUAUUGCAUGUAGCUAACAAAACGAUUAGUCUCUCUAUAUGCAGGUAAAAGCUGUACAGCGAACAAGUGAAUACCAACCUUUGCAUGCCAUCGCUCCUGGAGAUUAUGUUAUGAUAAAAGACCAUUCACGAAAGCACGCGUUGCAACCAAGGUGGAAAGGACCUUCUCAAGUGUUAUUAACCACUAAUUCAGCUGUUAAAGUCGCAGGGGUUAAAUCUUGGAUCCACAUUUCCCAUUGUAAACUGACAAGCGCUGAAAAAGAUUUUUUCACUGGAAGAAGAAUAGAGGACUAAGGAAGCCGUUUUCCCUUCUAAAAAGGGGUACUUUAUAAGGGGAGUAUCUUUCUAAUCCAAAGUCAACUCUACUGUUUUUCUUCAUGAAUCUCAAACUGGUUAAACUUAUAUUGUCCUUAAUGAUUGUCAUUAUGACAUUUUUUAAAUUUUUCAUCCUCUACACUACGUUAGCUCCUCUUUUUUUUUUCUUUAAUACACGUGUAGCUUGGGCCAGGGAGCCAAGUAUUUUUCUUCUUGGGAGAUAGAUAAUCAUUUCGUUAAAACAUCUACUGAAUUGUAUAAAUUGUCAAACAAAAGUAAUCAUUGUUGGGUUUGUGUGUUUGCUCCGCAUUCCAUGAACUAUGGUUAUCCUUUUGUGGGGGUGCCAUGGUCUAUGGAAUCUCUUUAUGAGAGAGUAAGAGCAAAUAAAACGGGGUUUGUUGGAUUUAUUCAGAAUGAAGUAUCCAAAUCUGGCGAACCUGCUAAGGUUCAUUUAACAUAUCCCAUUACUAGCAGAGCAGUAGUAAUUUCUAACAGGGAUCAGAAAAGUCCUGCCAAGAUUGUUAAGCCUAUAAGCAAUGCUAUUGUUAUUUUUGAAAACAAUGUCCUUUAUAAUCUAUGUGGGUCUGAAACUAAUUCUGCCCCUUGUACUGGUAGAUUGAAAGCUUUUUGUUGGAAACCCUUAUUAGAAGAUAUUUUGACAAAAUGUCCCAUCAAGGAUAGAAUCCCGGUGAUUACUAAUCAUGUAUGGGUAAAUUUGACUUCUGAGGUAGAAAUCAUGGAUAAUAAUUAUGACCAGAAUGAACAUUUAAAUGUCACUAUUUUGAGAUGGGCCUACUUUAAUACUCAAACUUUAACUUCCAAUCUUUUUAUGCUACUGCCCUAUAUUAAUCAACCUAUUUUUGACUGCUCAGAUUCUCGUGUUAUUGAUAUCCAUCUUCCAUUUGGGGUAUACUAUUUAUCUGGUAGUUGGGCGGUAAAAAGACUUCCAUGUAAUUGGGUGGAAACUUGUUAUCUAGGUAAUAUUAUCCCAGCGUUAACCCUUCAUGAAAAUUUGCCUGAAGGAAGGGUGAGGAAUAAAAGAAAGGUUAUUAGUUCCAAAAAAGAUAAAACCGAAAGAACUGUAAAAUCUGGUGAAGAAGAUAGGCUAUUUGCAGGUUUUGUACCUACAUGGGGGGUUAUUGAAUUAAUGUACAAAUUAAACUUGUUAGGAGAUAUACUAGAUGAAGCCUUUAAUAAUACAGGAGAUGCUAUUGAAAAAUUGUCUGCAGAACAGGAACAAGCUUCAGCUAUGAUUAUGCAAAAUAGGUUUGCCCUAGAUUAUUUGUUGGCCUCCAAAGGUGGCGUUUGUGCACUGAUAAAAACAAGAUGUCGUUUAAAGAUAGAUAAUGUUACUGGUCAGAUUCAUACAGAUGUAGAUAAAUUGCAUGAAGUACAAAUUAAACUUAGAGAAGUUCACAAUACUUCUUCGGGAGGUUUAAAUUGGGGUUUUGACUGGAGUUUUGGUUUAACUAAUUGAUUGGGAAUAAUCGGAAAACGUAUUCUCAUUGGAGUUAUUUUAGUAGUAUUGAUGCUUGUCUUUAUAUAUGUUGCAGUGAAUGUCCUAAAGUGUUCGUGCCGAUUAAUCCUCAAGAGCUGUUCACCUUCAUCUCCCCCUGGCACAAUGUCGAAUGUUGAAAUGUCUCCUAUCCGGUCACAACUCAUACCGACUUGGAAUACAGACAUGCUUUCUCUGAAGAUAUUGAUCGUGUGCGCAUCUAUAUGGAAAGUCCUGCAAGUGCUGUUUAAAAUCACUAGCUCACUGAAUGACCUUCGCUAAACAUGGAAGUGUUGCACGGAGCUUUUUGUGGUGAAAGUCCUAGCACCAAAGGGAGGACUGUGAACAUAUGUAACCUGCUACUGACAUGCUGUCAGCCAUUUUGCUGUUUAUUCAUCAUCUUAAAAUAUAAUCAAAGAAGAAUAUUUACUCUAAGAAAUAAGAAGAAACUAUGUUUUAUUGCUACAAUUUAUUAAUGGAUGUCUGGACUGUUUUUUGGAUUGCAAAAGGAAAGGUUAUUUUGAAAGUGUGUCUUGUCAGAUGUUGCCAGGGGGGGAAAGGUGAAAUGUGUGCUUAAGUUGUGAAAGAGGAAGUCUUAUAUGUGUUAACUUUUAUCAUAGACAAGCGAUAUUUUAGGGAAGUAAGAUGCAUGACUGUGGUCAAGUUAUCUGUUAGAAAGAUCAUGGGAUGCUUAAACUUUUGAACCUUAAAUUUGUCAGUUAUGCUAGAAUUUAGCCAAUAGGAAAUAAGACCAUAUUUGGAGUUCUGAUUCAAGCUAAACGAAAGGCCAGUUCCGGGUCAUAUGUAUAAAAUAUGAGGAAUUGUAACAUGAUGUUAGAUUGCUUCUUGCCAAUCUCCAUGAGAUAUCUCUGUGUAUUGUAAUGGUCAAUUAAAC